AUCUGGUCUGGGAAUGGCCGAAAAGCACGCCCGGGCCGCCCACGAGCAACUACGCCGUUGCCGAGCCACGAGGAGCUCGCCAGGAUCGAUUCGAAGCUCGGCUGGCAGUUCUCGACGUUCAAGGCAUGCAUCCGCGGCAAUCAUGGUGGCAGACUAUUUUCUUUUCAGGCAUAGAUCAUCGGAUGCUUCGACUGAUAUCAACUGAUAGUUAUCAAGCUUUUGUCGCCGGCACUUCUCUUUCACUUAAGCCUAUCAAAACAUGGCCUCCGUGCACUGCUCAAUUCAUGUCCAGGGGUCUGCAUGGAUAGUAGUCACAUCGGUUGCCGUCACUGGAGGAUGAAGGAGCGCUGGGGCGGGGUUUCCAGCCAGCGCAUUACCGCCCAGCGAGUGAGGUUGGUAUAAAGACAACAUUACCUGCUUGUCAGCUCAGCAUAGCCGCAUUCAGAAAUUCGACCUUUACAGAUACUGUCCAGCAUGGCAAUCUUUUCACCGACACCAGACCUGGUGGCGCUCGUAGGCUUGGGCCUAUUGGUCCUCUACAGUGGUGUUCGCUGCUACCUGAAUUAUCGGAUGUGCCCACAAGUCAAGGGUCCAUUCCUGGCAUCCAUUUCGGGCCUCUGGUUGUUCAUGAGUACCUACCGUAGCCGGAUCUACCUCGAUUGCGCCGAUGAAUUGGACAAAUAUGGAACCCUGGCGCGCAUCGCACCCAACAAGAUUGUUACGAACGACCCCGUGAUAUGGACUCAUUUGGCCGCCCCUCGGUCCAACUUCAGGAAGGGUACCUGGUACGAUUCCAUGACCCUGGACCCGAACCACAAGAACUCGCUGUCCCAGAGGGAUGAAAAAGAGCAUAACAUCCUUCGUGCGAAGAUGAUCCGAGGUUAUUCCGGCAAGGACAUCCCUCAGCUCGAGUCCAACAUCCAGGACAGGGUCGUAGAUGUGCUGAAUCUCAUCCGGCGAGAGAUGGCUAAAGGCAAACCCGUCGACAUCGCUCGUAUUGCUCAAUUCUUCACGCUUGAUGUUCUAACGCAGAUUGCUUUCGAGAAGCCUUUCGGCUAUCUCAGCAAAAAUGAGGACGUCUUCAACUAUGUGCACGAAGUCUCGGGCUUUUUGCACGUUCUAGAGUUCGGCUCAAACUUCCCCUUCAUUCAAAAUCUAUUUUUCAGCAAGCUCAUGUCGGGUAUGCAGCCAAGAUCAACCGAUAAGACUGGCAUGGGAGCCAUGUUGGGCGUCGCCGAACGAGUGGCCAAAGAACGCUUCGCUCCCGGCGCCAAACAACACGACGAUAUGCUCGGGUCGUUCAUCAAGCACGGCAUGACGCAAGACGAGAUAGUCACCGAAGCCAUGCUUCAAAUCUUGGGUGGCUCUGACUCCACGGCAACCGCUGUCCGCACGACAUUCUUGUACAUACUCACUAACCCUAUCGUUUAUGCCAAACUGGUCAACGAGCUCGACACCAACGCACACCGGUUGUCCUCUCCCGUCCUCACCACUGCCGACUCCCAGAGUCUGCCGUAUCUGCAGGCCUGCAUCAAAGAGGGUUUGCGCAUCUUCCCUCCCUUGACGGGUCUUCAAGGCAAGAUAGCGCCGCCGGGCGGUGAGACUGUCAAUGGGUAUUAUCUGCCAGAAGGAAUUGAGGUGUGCUGGUGCCCGCACUCGAUGCAGCGCAGGAAAGAGGUCUAUGGUGAAGAUGUCGACAUGUACAGACCCGAGCGGUGGCUCGAGGCUGCUGCUCUGGACGACGGCGGCGAGAAAAUCGGCCAGAUGAACAGGACCAUCGAGUUGGUCUUUGGUGCAGGGCGAUAUGGGUGUCUCGGAAAGACGGUCGCACGACUGGAGUUGGACAGGAUCUUUGCGGCCCUGUUCCAGAACUUUGAGUUCUCUUUGCUCGAUCCCUUCAAGCCUAUGAGCACAAAGUCGCAUGGUGUGCAUAUACAGUUGGAUCUGUGGGUCAAGGCCACGGAGAGGAAGCCCAGAAGUGCUGGGUUUAAUGGUGUGCCCAACUAGUACAUAGACCACUGCACUGUUGAGGACGUUUGGUUGAUCACGAAUGGUACUUUCCUGGUUGAUUUUACGCUGGGACACCCGAGGUAUACGUUCCAUUGCUUGUUGCAGAGGCUGCUAUCUAUCACGGGUCUAGUACAAUGCAUACCAUCUGACGUUGAAUGC